UGCAAUAAUUGCGAAGCAUUACCAAUACUUUCAAUUAUUUGUAGUUUGAAUCAUGUGAUAAAUUAACCGAAACUUUUCUCAUUUUCGAGAGAAGGCAAAAUAUCUCCAACACAUGGCGGCGAAAAUUUUCUCUCCAUUCAUCGCCAGACUUCGGAGGAGGGUCCAGAACGAACGCCUGUUGGAAAACGACGAAAGCUUCCUUCUGAGAGAAGAAGAUUUCCUUGAAGUUCACGACGAUGGCUCUACAGAGAACGUUACGACUGAACUAACGAUAGAGGCAAACCAGUUUGAUUCAGACAGUACAAGUGCGAGAAAUGAUCUUGCUAUAGAGCUUCGCGACAAUCGUAUUGCGAGAAAUGGAAACGCGGAAGUGGUAAACAUAAAGAUUAAAGCACCGAGGAAAAAGAAGUUGGCUUUCAUAGGCAUCAUUUUGGGAAUCAUUGCGGCGCUGAUCUUGUCUGUGGGCUCACUGAUGGUUAAACUGGCUGAGAGCGUUCCAAGCAUUGAGGUGACAUUCAUGCGACUAACAUUUCAAAUGGUUUUCUCACUGCCAGCAAUGAUAUUCUUCAAAGAUAAAUUUAUUUAUCCGUGGAAGCAGAGCAGAUUUUUAUUGCUUCGUGGCAUCUCCGGCACGACGGCGAUGAAUUUAAUGAAUUAUGCUGUAAAACACAUGCCUUUAGCCGACGCUAGGGUGAUAUUUUACACUUCUCCGGUGUUUACAGCCAUACUUGGACGUAUCUUUCUCAAAGAGUCAGUGAGCAAGUUUGAUGUGCUAGCAAUGAUACUAAGUAUAGGAGGGGUGGUGUUAAUUGGAAGGCCAACGUUCUUGUUUGGCUCUCUUGGAAAAAACUCUGGAUCUAAACAGGUGUGGGUGCCUACUCUCCUUGCAGUUGGAGCUGCAAUUGGUUCAGCAGCAUCAACUGUCCUAACACGCAAGAUGUCCCAGGAAGUUGGCCCAAGAGUAGUGGUGUUUUACUUUGCUGUCCUUGGAUCAAUCAUCAGCUUUGUAGGUUCAUUAAUCUCUGGUUUUAAAUACCCCGAUUGUGGAACUUAUGACUCAAUUUACAUGCUUGCAAUCGGAGUUCUGGGUUACUUUGCGUUAGUGGUUAGAUCGAAGGCUUUAGCCAUGGAAAAGGCAUCAGUUGUUGCGUUGGUAAGCACGAUAGGAAUUGCCUUUUCAUUUAUUCUCCAGCUGGUAGCUCUGGAUGUUGUUCCAAACAACAUGAGUAUUGGUGGUGCUAUCCUUGUCUUGCUUUGUAAUGUGAUUAUUUUUAUCAAGAAAUUUCGUGACAUGAAAAAGAUGGACCCAAAACAUCCAUAAUGGUAAAAAUGCUCAGCUCUUACCAUAAAUUAACAAGAGAGAAACAUCCUCAGAACAAAACCUUCCCAAAACCAGCCCCAAAAUCUUAGAUGUAAACAGUGAAACGCUUAUAACAAGCUCCCCUCCCAGAUAUAAAAAGAAUGAUUAUAAAUUUCAGUAAUUCAUUCAUAUCAGUGGACUAUUGCAGUGGUGGUUUUUAGUUUAUGUUGAUACAAUAUGAUUGUAAUGUUCAUUUGUGGUUUAAGAGUUUAAACUUUUUUUGCACAGAACUUUCCCAUCAGUUAUAUUUUACUAGAAUCCAUUUGAAAUGCAAAAUACCAGCUGUGAUGUCACCACUUCCCCCCCCCCCCCCCCCC